ACCUAUCGCUCCGGGCCGCCUGGUCCUGGUGUGGUACGGGGGCGGGGAGGCGUACUGGCACGAACGCCUCCUGCUCUGUAAAGUGGAGGGGACGACCUGGGUCAUCGCAGCGCCUGAUGGAGAUGUCUAUCCAGAGGACAUUUAUGAGCUCAACUGCAAGCCGUGCUGCCAGGGGUCGAUCCCGCCGUCCGUCCCAGCAAACGCCUUGCUGUAUAGGUUCGCGCCGCUCGGACAGUUGCACACACCAGCGGAGUGGCGUCAGAUCUUCGAGGAUGGGAUCGCGACCGCGCAGAUGGAGAGGGCCAACAGGGGUAUCGACGACGGUGCUGCUGAUGCAAAGUCUGGCGCUGUGCGCGACCGUGUGGUUCUACACGGGUGGACCGCGGACGCUGGACUGCCAGGCGGGCCACCCGCUGCCGUCGCUGGUGCAGGGGACGGGGCCGUGGUGCCCAUGGCCGCGGGCCCGCCUGGGCUGGUGCCCCUGGGAGCGGACGCUUUGCCAGGGGUCGCUGCGUCGGCGCGCCGCCAGUGGAUCGUGGUGGCGAACGAUGGGCAGCCAGGAGCGCCAGCAGUCGGAGUUGACUGGAGUGUGGACGCUAGUGCGGUCAUCGUGGGCAACUUCGCGCUUGUCAAGCUCGGCACCUCGACCCUCGUCUUGGAGAGUAUUGACGUCGGCAGCAAGCAGCUCAAGCUGGUGGCGGAGCUGGACCACAAGUUGGAGCAGCAGCCGCAUCGGCUGGAGUUCAGCUCAAGGCCACGGGCGAACGGGCGCUGCCAGUGCUCUAUGACGCAGUGGGCCUGCUCGAGGGGCCCGCGCUUCACGGACUUCCCGAUCCAGGGCCCGAGGGCCACGUUCUGGCUCUGCAGGUUCCUUCGUGAUCAGGGCCAGGUGCCGAGAACCGGGGCCGAGAAGUGGAUGCGGGGCGCCCGUGUGCCUGAUAACGAUAGGGCCAAGCACGAGCAUAGCAGCCUCAUGGAGGCGCCGAGGUUCGAGGGGAGCGAGCACUGCCAGGGGCUCGGCAGGAGGGUCUUCGCAAUGGCCCCGAUGCUCACCUCGCACGUUGCUGGGCAGCUGCAGGGCGAGGCGCAGAUCCAGAAGGAGCGACGCAAGGGCCGCCAGUUAGUCGAGGUCGUCUUCGGAGACCUUGGCGCGUUCACCGCAGUCGGGGCCGUCAUCGAGGACCUCGGCGAGAUUUUUUUGGAGGCAUGGCGGACGGUCGCCAGCGUGACCUACUGCCGCUGCCAAAGCUGGGCGAGAUUGAGGUCCCACGUGGCGCUCUCAGUCGUGGAGUUCAGCAGCGUAUUUGUCGUCGUGCGCACAGGCGCUCGCUGCGGAGACAGCGAGUGUGCCGGGAACAUUGCACCGCCUGGUUCGGCGCCAGUCUCGCUGCGGGGCCGCGACUUGUCAGAGGUGGACGUCUACCAGGUUCUGCCCUCCGACGCGUCGCGCAAGCUCAAACGGAAUAACUAUGCAUUGCGGAUCAAGAGCGAGGGACUGCCCAACCUUUACUUUGACCCAGCGCUGGAGGCGCAGCCCGCCAAGUGGGAGGGGACCGACGCGGAGAUCUCGCAGUACUUCGCGCUGCCAGCGGCUCGGGCAUCGGCAGUCGGGGCGGAGAGCAUCAGCGGCGUCAAGGUCGACACCCACGAGCUCAUCUACCCGGCGCUGCAGUCUCUGCCCACGGGCUUUUCGUGGGACAUGUUGGCGGCACAGCUGGUACACGAGGAGGUUCUGCGUCGCGCUGGCCUGCCUCCUCCUCGCCUUCUUCGCGACGGCGCCCCGCCGCCCUCGCUGGGCGGAGGGCCCGCGCGCAUGGCCUACGUCGACAACUUUGGGGUCAUCGGCUGGGACAAGGCCGAGGUCGAGGUGCGGGCCAUCCUGGGCCACCUGCGCUUCGCCUUCUUGCUGCGUCGCCCGUGUCUAUCCUGCAUUGCGGCCGGUAACGACUGCAAGAACCUCUGGCCCAGCGUCAUGAGGGAGCUUCUCAUUGCUACCGCGAUCUUGCCGCUGGUCUACGCGGACGUCGCGGCAGGCUGGCAUGGCCAGGUUGCGGCGACUGAUGCGAGCACUACUGGUCUUGGCGUUUGCGUUGCGGAGUGGCCCGCGCAUGCUAUCCAGCUCGCAGGCGCCCACGACGAGCGCUGGAGGUUCAAGCAGGACCCGCAGCGCAAGCACAGGGAUGUCGCCCUGGCGGGCAAUGACGUCGCCGAGCCGCCGGUCGACAGGGGCGGCAACCUCGCAGCUGACAGCGACGAGGGCGCCUGGCUGGCCGUCGGGACCUUCCCAGUUGUCGAGUCCUCCGCCGUCAAGGAGGCGAAGUGGGCCGUGGUCGCCAAGCGCCCUUGUGGCAGUCACGAGGGUGCCAUCCAUGUCAAAGAGGCGAGGGGCGCGAAGCUCGGCGUCAAGCACGUGGUCCGAUGUGGCCGCUGGCGCCACAGGAAGGUCCUCAUGCUGGUCGACAACAUGGGACUGGUGCUGGCGCUCCAGUCAAUCCUGCUGAUCGACCUUCGCGGCAGUGGGAGCUGGCAGUGGCUGAUGCUGGGCCUGCAUGGCGUCCUCCUCUUGGGCUUGUUCAUCCUGAUGCUGGGGGUUGUCACGAGGGCGCCGGGCAUGGUUCGCAGGAGGCCUGCUGGCGUGACGGCACGCAACGUCGCCCAGCGGAUCGAGACCUCCCCCGUUAUGCACUUGGUCAGCUUGGAGACUCGACUUCGCGGGCAGCAGCCUCUUGUGGACGCAGGGUCAGGACCAUCCGAGCAGGCGAUCCUGCCCCGCCCCCUGGCGAUGCCAGCCGUGCGCCCAGGCGGCUCGCGGAGGUCGCGGGUCACAACCUCGACAAGGCAGGCUGCCGCGCGCCGGUCUGCCAGCAGCGGAGGCCUCUCCUACCUCGAGGGUAUCGCGGUGAGGCCUGUUCAGGUCGAGGACUACCACAGACGGAUCGAGGAGUUCUGUGGGUUGGUCCGCCGCCAGGGCUUGAGCACCUGCACCCUGGGCCCCCUGGAGGCAGCGCUCCCGGACUGGGCGGGCGACGCGUUCUUGGAGGGCAGGUUCGAGAGGUGCCUGCAGGCUUGGGGGCGUCGGCGGCCUGCGCCGGGCCGACUGCCACUGCCGCGUCCAACGAUCCGCGGUCUGGCGGCGGGCCAUCACUUCUUGAACCACACGGACAUGGCGGUGGUAGUGCAAGUCGCGCUCAGCGCCUACUUGCGGCCAGGGGGGCUGCGUGGUCUCCUCGUGCGCGGCGUCGUCCCUCCCGCGCUUGGCUACGGGGCGGAGUGCCAGGAGUGGUCGCUGAUCCUCGGGCCGUCGGACGGUCAGGGCGACCCGACCAAGACAGGCGUGUGCGACGACAACGUGACGAUGGACCACGAGAACCUGCAGUUCCUCGGGCACUUCUUCGAGCUGUACCGCCGCAGAAAGGCCCCCGACGAGCCGCCGUGGAGCUUCGCGCAGGCGGAGCUCGGGGCCAUGAUCGCCAAGGCGCUCAAGGUGUGCAACCUCGAGGGCCUGGGCAUCGCGCCCUACAGCCUGCGGCAUGCAGGCCCUUCGUGGGGCGUCAUCACGGGCAGGAGGUCGCAGCUGGAGGUGCAACGUCGCGGGCGCUGGGCCAGCAUCAGCUCGCUCAUCAGGUGCGAGAAGUCGAGCAAG